CUUGGUAUUUGCAGCCAUGCCACAUAUCCAACCUUCCUCCUCGGGGACUGGUCUCGCGGAAGAUAAUGAACAGCAAAUUCCUAUUGAUGUCCAGGGGAAGUCUCCAUCUAUGAGGGAGAGGGACGACGACAAGGAUAGUGCCGAUUUCCCCAAUGAAGGCGCACAGCAUGGUGUUCAGAUGGUAGAGGCGGUCACCCUGGCUUGGACCAAGCAGACACUUGGUACAGCCUAUAUUCUGAUGUGGCUUUUGUACUUUGUGAAUGGCUUCAAUCAAUCCAUAACUGGUAAUCUCGCGGCAUACAUCACGAGCGAAUUCGAAGCCCACUCUCUGGUACCACUCAUUCAGGUCGUCUCGAGCAUCAUGGGAGCCGCUACCUAUAUGCCCCUUGCUAAGAUUCUCAAUCUUUGGGAUCGUUCCGUCGGUUUCUCACUUAUGGUUGCGUUUGCAACAUUGGGGUUGAUAUUGGCGGCCUCCUGCAAAAGCAUCGGCGUAUACUGCGCGUCGCAGGUCUUCUACAGUAUUGGCUUCACCGGCAUGACAUUUGCUAUCGAUGUCAUCACUGCCGACACCUCUACUCUCCGCGAUCGUGGCCUUGCAUACGCCUUCACCUCCUCGCCAUACAUCAUCACUGCCUACGCUGGCCCCACCGUUGCGGCCAAGUUCUACGAGAAUAAUUGGCGUUGGGCAUACGGCGCGUUUGCAAUAAUCCUUCCCAUUAUUGCUACUCCAUUGGUUCUCAUUAUGGCAUAUGCUCGGAGGCAAGCGAAAGCCAAAGGGUUGCUCCCACCCACUCCGGAGGCAAGUGGCAGGACAAUAUUUGAAAGUUUCAAACACUACAUCAUUGAAUUGGAUGUCCUCGGCACAUUCCUUCUUCUCGCCGGCCUUGUUCUUCUAUUGAUACCUUUCAACCUUGCUGGAUCCUCCGCCAACGGAUGGAGUCAGGACUAUAUCAUCGCCAUGCUUGUACUGGGCGUGGUCUGUCUUUUCGCUUUUGGUCUGAGUGAGAAGUUUCUCGCUCCGGUGCCGUUCCUUCAAUGGGAUAUUCUGCGUUCGCGUACCGUCAUGGGGGCUUGCGCGCUCGAUGUCUGUUACCAAGUCUCAUAUUACUGCUGGCUCUCUUACUAUACCUCAUUUCUUCAGGUCAACAGCGGUCAGUCUCUUGAAGUCGCUGGAUACAUCUCGUCCAUCUUCGACGUCGUAUCAGGUAUCUGGCUGUUUGUCGUCGGUUUUGCCAUCAAGAAGACAAAUCGAUUCCGCUGGAUUUUGUACUGGGCUGUUCCCCUCUACAUGCUCGGUCAGGGUCUGAUGAUUUACUUUCGUAAACCUGAUCAGGCUGUUGGCUAUUUGAUCAUGUGCCAAAUCUUCCUCGCGUUUGCGGGCGGAGCUAUGAUCAUUGUGCAACAAGUUGCCGUCCUUGCAGCCUCGGAUCACCAAAAUGCAGCUGGCUCGCUUGCUUUCCUCGGUGUUUUUGGAAACGUUGGAGGUGCCGUGGGUGGUUCUGUCAGCGGUGCAAUUUGGCAGGGCACACUUCCCGGCGCUCUUCAACGUUACCUACCAGCGGAGUCUCUUCCGGAUUGGGAAAGCAUUUACGAGGAUUUGGAACUUCAGCUCAGCUACCCCAAGGGUACCGAGACACGCCUUGCGAUUGAGAAAGCAUAUUCUAUUGCACAAAAGCAUAUGGUUAUCUGUGGUACUGCUGUCAUGGCACUCUCCUUGAUCUGGAUGUUCGUCAUCAAGGAUAUCAAACUCGACCGAAAACAGACCAAAGGUGUUCUCUUCUAG